AUGAAGUUUUCAAUUAUUUUUCUCUCUUCGAUCUUGAAUCUAUCAAGAGCGAGUGUUGUGCAAGAUAAAGUGGACAUUCUGCUUGGUCAUUUUGAUUGGUUUGCUGAAAACUUGCCACUUCAACCAGGAGACAAAAAAGACGAUAGAUACGUAAGUAAAAUACAACAGUAUGCAUCACAAAUUGUUGCUGCGAAUGGCGGCAGGGGCGAAGUUUGUAAUUUGAGAAAUCGAGAUUCACUGCUAGCUGAUGUUGAUGCGCAGUGCUCUUGGACUAAUGGAAUGACUCCAUGCCAACGACAUGAAAAUGUCAUAACCUGCUUGUUUGCUCUUGCUGACGCUUAUGCUUGUGACGGACGAGGAAAUCUUGCAGCUCGGAUUCAGAGAAGAUGGAAAAGACGAAAGAUUAAUUUGAUUAUUCCUCGGCACUGUCCAUUCUCGACUGUCCUUUGCCCACUUGGCCUUUGUGCCAGUGGUUAA